UACUUGUAGCUCAUGUCGGUUAAUCUUGUUAGACACACCGGAGGAUGUCAUUGUGGAAGAGUUCGCUUCGAGGUCUUAGCUAAACCUGUGCUGAAGGCUUACGACUGCAACUGUACCAUUUGUGUGAAAAAAGGGAUGUUUCUCGUCUGGCUUCCAAAAGAAAAUUUUAAAUUGACACAGGGAGAGGGGCAUAUAUCUUGUUAUACCUUCAACACCCACCAAGCUAAACACUACUUUUGCUCCACUUGUGGUAUCCACCCAUUCUACCAACCUCGCUCAAAUCCUGAGGGACGUGGCAUUUCACUGCAGUGUUUGGAUGAAGAAGAAACUAGAAAGAAUGCAGAGGUUGUUCCAUGUGAUGCUUUAGACUGGCAGAAAUGGGAAAGAUACCUUGAUGAACAUCCAAAGGCAAGAAAUCUCACUGAAAAUGUGGAGUAGUUCCAACUUCAUUAGGUAACUUAUCAUCAACAACAUCCUUUUUGCUGCAAGGAUGUAUAGACAACUUAUCAUGGGACCUUUUAUAUUGCAACUUCUUGUUAACACUUUCACUCUUAAGAUCUCAUAAGCAAUUCCCCUCACUGUCUGCUACACAAUUCUCAUGAAGUAAAUUCAGAGAAUUUGGCACUGGAUCACAUAAUAUUCCUCUAACUGAUAUUUUUC